CCAGGGCAGCACUAAUAUUCUUGUAUGUGACUUUAGGAGAUGAAAAGGUAACAAUAAUAAUACGGAAGAAAUGUGUAGUAUGCGGUGAAGCUCUUCUUGGCAAACAGCAUAUAAUCUACGACACCCCGUGGGAUACGGUCUCUCGUAGUGAUGUGAUCAUCACUGAGGAAAUACAUUCUGUCACUAUGAUGAGCUCGGGAUUGCGUCGUUCUCUUGUGUCUUUGCUUGCCUUGGGCGGCAUCACAUCCUUCUCUUGGGCUUCACCACUGAAGGUGGAUAUUGCUGCUCGUGCCGAUAGCUGGCCCUAUGGACCGCUUGUCACAUCUGGUCGUGACAUAAAAAAUGCGCGAGGCGAAAAUGUCGUCUACGCAGGGGCUAAUUGGCCAGGUCACGGAGAAGUAAUGAUUCCAGACGGACUACGCUAUCAGUCUAUUGAGAGCAUCGUCUCCAAGAUCAAGAGCGUGGGCAUGAAUGCGAUUCGCCUGACGUACGCCAUUCAGAUGAUAGAUGAGAUCUACAGCAACAAUGGCAAGGAUACGACCGUGAAGGACUCAUUUACCAAGGCGCUCGGCCAGACAAACGGACCUAAAGUCUAUAGAGAAUUUCUUGCGAAGAAUCCUUCUUUUAACGAUAGUACCACCCGCCUUCAAGUCUUUGACGCCGUCGCUGCCGAGUGCGCAAAGCAAAAUGUUUUUGUCCAUUUAGAUAACCACAUGUCCAAGGCUGCUUGGUGCUGUUCUACCAACGACGGCAACUCUUGGUUCGGAGACAGAGAUUAUAAUGUGGAAAAUUGGACCAGAGGUCUCUCGUACAUGGCAAAUCACGGGAAAAACUGGCCGGCGCUGACGUCGAUGUCGCUACGUAAUGAGCUUCGCAAACCCGACAGCAAUCCCACGCUCAGCAGUCAAUCAUACAACUGGAGGGAUUGGUAUACGAACAUCAAGAAAGGAACAAGUGCGAUCAACUCCGCAAACCCGGACUUGCUUAUCUUCCUUUCGGGUCUUGAUUACGAUACAUACGUGACGCCAGUAGUUCAGGGCACGGCAUUCACACCGGGAAGCGCCAAGUUCAGCACGGCAGACUUCCAGGGCUAUGCCAACAAGCUAGUGCUGGAGAUUCAUAACUACCAGAACAGCGCGAAUAACUGCAAUAGUCUCAAGAGCUCGCUAUACAACAGCGGCUUCCAGGCGUUGCACGCGGACGACUCUAAGGCGGUUAACGUAUUCCCGGUGCUGCUAACCGAGUUUGGCUUCGAUAUGACGGGUAACACGUGGCAGGGAACGUAUGCUACUUGUAUCGCCAGCUACCUGGCAGAGCAGAAGGCCGGAUGGUUUAUCUGGGUCAUCUCAGGUAGUUACUAUGUCCGCUCGGGAACGCAGGACUUUGAAGAGACAUGGGGUCUCCUGAAGCAUGAUUGGUCAGAUUGGAGAUCGUCUGCCUAUAUUGAGGGAGGACUGAAGCCUCUUGUGAAGGCGACUGCGCAAGGAUGAGAUGGAUGAGAUAGUUGAGACGGGCCAUAUGUAAGCCAAUACUUGUAGGUAUGCCGCGAGCAUAAACGUGUUGGUAGUGGUUUUCGACAAGUAUUUGAAGGUUUGGAGACUAUGAAUAAAUUCUGUUUGGUAAUAUAUGUUCUGUUUGGUGAUUUCAUAAAGUUGAGACAGGUGGAGUAUCACAAAGAGCAUUGAAGCCAUAGCUGCCAUGGAUCGAUCAAUGGCACUUAUAUGUGAUACUUAAAGGUACCUAUGUACAUAGAUACAUGUAUUCCGUACAACAUACGGAAUAUUUGAAGGUAGAUAUUAGCUUAGGUAGUACUAAGUGGAUCC